AUGGAAAAGAACAAUGUGACCUUAUGGAGCGAAUUUAUUCUUCAGGGGUUUUUAAGCCAAACAAAAUCCCCUGCCACUGUUGUGAGUCUGCUGCUCAUCAUGUUCCUUAUGGUGCUGUCUGAAAAUUGUCUCCUCCUCUAUCUGAUUCAAGUGGACUCUGGUCUUCAUUCUCCAAUGUAUUUCUUUCUCAGUCAAUUAUCCUUCAUGGAUAUCUGCCAGACCCUCACCAUUGGCCCCAAACUAACUGGAGAUUUCUUUAGAAAGAAGAGUGUUAUUUCGCUAUCAGGAUGUUCAGUUCAAAUAUUUUUUAUAAUGACAAUGGCUCUUGCAGAAUACUUCCUUCUGGCUGCAAUGUCUUACGAUAGGUAUGUCGCCAUCUGCAGGCCUCUGCAAUAUCCAGUUCUCAUGAGGAGGAAUAUCUGCCUGUCCCUGACAGUGGGUGUUUGGGGUAGUGCCACUCCGCAUGCAUUGGUGCCCACUGUUUAUGUACUGCUGCAGCCUUAUUGUGGCUCAAAUGUGAUUCAACAUAUCUAUUGUGACUUGCCAUCAAUGCUGAAGUUGUCCUGCUCUGACACGUCUGCCUUUGAAAAAUUCACUCUCUUACUUAGCGUUGAGUUGUUUCUUCCUCCUUUAUCAACUAUUCUGGUCUCGUACAGUUGCAUCCUCGUCACAGUCCUACAGUCAACUGGAAAGAGCCACAAAGCCCUUGGCACUUGUUUUUCCCACUUAGCAGUAGUAGGACUGUUCUAUGGAGCAGCCAUGUUCAAAUAUAUGCGACCGAUGUCUUAUCGAACGCCAUUCCAAGAUGAUAUUGUCUCAGUGUUAUGUACCAUUGUCACUCCGAUGUUGAACCCACUCAUCUACAGCUUGAGGAAUCGGGAUGUUUUGGGAGCUCUGACAAAAUUAUUCAGGAUACAUUAUCAUUAA